AUGAUUCAAGAUUAUCUGCACGAAGGCUGCCAUGCCUUGGUAGAGGGAGUCGAACCGGCAUACGGGUACCAACCAUCACUAGCGGCAGGCAUUGCCUUUUGUGUGCUGUAUGGGACAUCCAUGGUGGCCCACACAGCACAAUCGUUUUGGUCCAAGAAGUGGUGGUGCUUACUAUUUGCCAUAGGAUGCUUGACGGAGGUUUUAGGGUGGGCAGCACGGACGUGGUCAGCAGAGUGUCCAUAUCAAACUGACGCCUUCCUGAUGCAAAUAUCAACACUAAUUAUCGGCCCGACAUUCUUCACCGCCGGAAUAUACGUCCUUCUCGGCCAACUCAUCGCACUGCUGGGCCCAGAAAGUUCUCUUCUUCGCCCCAGCUGGUAUCUCUGGAUAUUUUGCACUUGUGAUAUAGUCUCGUUGGUCGUUCAAGCAGUUGGUGGUGGAAUGGCCUCUUCCGCAGCAGGCGAAGUCAACGGGGACACUGCCCCAGGGACCAACACAAUGGUGGCCGGUAUUGUAUUCCAGAUGGCCGCCAUCACAGCGUUUGCCUUCUGCGGUAUCGACUUUCUCAUUCGGUGUCGUCGCCCGCAACUCCGUGCCCGGUUCACCCCGCGAAUGCGCCUGUUGGUGUUGGCAACGACGUUCUCCGUAGUAUGCAUCUACGUGCGAAGCAUCUACCGCACGAUCGAGUUGUUGCAAGGCUGGACGGGAUAUCUGAUCACACGGGAGCGGUUCUUCAUUGGUCUAGAUGGAAUCACUAUGGUGCUUGCUGUUGUUGUAUUCAACAUCUUUCAUCCUUACUGGUUCCUGCCGACGGAGCAAGAGUCCAGAAAGGAGGAUUCAUCCUUCGAAUCCCUCCCCCUAGCAAUCCACAACACCCUCCCCAACAGAACCGGUUCCAAAACCCUCCUCUCACCCCGCUACAGCCCCCUCAAAACCCACCUCUUCCACCGAGUCCAAAGACCUCAUUUCACAGGCUACUGGGUAUCCCGCGGCCUCCGCUCAACAGCGCCCAUCGACCCCAAACACGCAGACCUGGUCAUCUACCACCUCCGGGGGAGCGGGUAUGCCCUGGGCCAUCCGGGGGAUACGCUCCCAGGGUUACUUUUCCUCGCUGAGGUAUUGGAGAAGAAGGGGAUUCAUGUCUGUGUCAUUACGCUGGAUUAUACGUUGGUAAGUAACGGGGCAUUUCCGAGACAGAUAAGCGAGUGUCUCGCAGCGUACGAGUAUCUUAUUGGGGAGGAGGGCGUGAGGGCAGAGAAGGUGUGUUUGGUGGGUGAGUCUGCGGGAGGACAUCUUGCGUUGUCGUUCUUAGUUGCUCUGGCUCGGGGGUUUUCUCUGGGGAAAGAGAAUAAGAAGGGGAACAUAGGAAAGGGGUAUCCACGACCGGGGUCCUUGAUCCUCCUAAGUCCCUGGCUCGAUCUCUCUCUGUCGUCUCCCGUGAUACCCAUCCUUGAGAAAAGGGAUUUCAUAUCGAGGACUUUCCUCCAGCGGGUUGGGAAAGAGCUUCUACGCGCUGAUACCAGGUUGAUUUCUCUGUUUGGGGAUUUUACCGCCCGGUCUAUGGAAAGGGGCUCUUGGGUGCGUGUUCUCCCGGCUCGGACGUGGGUGUCUGCUGGUGCGGAUGAGAUUUUCGUGCAUGAUAUUGUGAGGUUUGUGGACUGUGCGAGAGAGGAUGGUGUCGGGGUCGAGUUGCAGGUUGAGCUUGGGAAGUGUCAUUCCUGGCAGAGUGGGGAGGCGUUCCUAUCUGUGAGGAGGUUCUUGGAUAUGUCUUUGCAGUUUGAGGGGGAGGAGUUGAUGCCGGGGUUGGUGGGGGUUGGGGAGGUUAUUGCUGGGUUUGUUUGA